AUGUUUGUUUGUCAACAAAUAUUGACACAAAAAUGUAUUAAAGUAAACGGUUUAGUGAGUUUAAAGACGCAUAAGUGUUGUUCCCUUUUAUUAUGGAGUAGGAAAUGUUAAGUUUAACUUAGUGAACGAAGAUGGACGGCGCCAACGCAGAUUCAGACCACUCUAUGACUUGGGAGGAUUUUUUCGGUAGCACAACUGAUCUAACUCCAACCCUGAUUGGAAUAUAUGAUUCUUUAUUGGAACCCGGAAAAAGUUUAAGACCAGAAGAAACCAGUCUAGAAACAGCUAAAGACGCAAGGAAUGAUCCUCCAGUAGAAAUUGAUAAAUUGCAUACAAUGACUAAUGAAAUGAAUGCAGCUGUAGAUGAAAAAAGUUCAGUCAAUCCAUCUAAACUCGUUGGAAGUGUAAAACUACCUAUAGCAACACUAAACAAAAGUUCUUUGUUCCGAGAUCGAACUAGAAGUGAUAACAAUGGUGCUAGUGAAGUGUGUGUUAACUCCAGUGACAAAAAAGACAGGACUUUAAAUAGGAGUUUAAGAGAAAAUAAAUCCGAAACAUCUACGUUUGAUUAUCUUUCGCCUAAUGUGAGAAGGAUGAUCUCAAGUGCGACAGAAACAACAGCAGUGAAGAUUCAGAAGAAAACCGUCGCUGGUGGAAGGCCGUCCACGAGAUAUAGAUCGAAUAUACCAUUAGUUGGGGCUACUUCUAAAAUAUCACAGUCCGGAGUAGAAAUCCUACCAUCAGUAGAAAUCUACGAUCAACCGUGUGAUAUCAAAUCUUAUAACAAAGUAAAGAGCAAAGAAUCUCAUUCCAAAAUACCAGAACUGAAACCGAAGUUUAAAGUUGAUGAAGAGACUUGCUAUGAUGUUCCAACGAACAAUUGUCCCAUCAUUUACGACGUUCCAGUGGUAGCUAAUAAAACAGCUUUUGAGUCUUUAUCUUUACCGUAUAUCGAUCAAUCCAUAGAACUUUCUAUAUCCAACGAUAGAGAGUUCGAUAUCAAGUUAUCAUCUAAAGAAAAUUCACCACAGACAUCUGAACAUAAAAGUGUGACACCGGAGGCGUCUCCAGCGAAAUUUUCAAAAACAAACGGUACAAAUAGUUUGUGUAGAAAAGAUUUCCCAAGAAAAGAGAGUCCGACGAAACAGCUUUCGAAAUCUGGCCCUUAUCCGGAAGUAGUGGGAUCCACGGGGAAUUUGAAGACAUUCGUUGUAGAGAAAGAGUUGAAAUUGAAUCCUCCUUCAGUAGAAGUUUCUAGACCUUUAUCGAUGAGUUCCAUUGCUUCGUCCAGUUCUACUUCGAGUAGCGGAGUGCAGAACAAAGGUGGUGUUAAUUCCGCUUAUUUGGCGUCGAUUGAGAGCCUCGACGACCACAGCGACGCCGACAUGACUUCGGCUACCGGCAGCAACAAUUUCGUCAACAAUGCUGGCAUUCUAAACACUAGUGUGUCUGAGGAAGGAAACUUGACGACCCUUCCACGUCAAGAAAGCGAGGUGCCCGGUCUAUCACAGCUGGAGAGAGUCUGCGCUGAGAUAGUCCAGACUGAGAAUGUUUAUGUUGAAGAUUUGAGGCAGGUCGUGGAGGGCUACCUUCACGUCUGGCGACGAGAGUCCACCUUCUCCGACGAAGAGUUGACAGAAUUGUUCAACAAUAUCGAAGACAUCUAUGCUUUCAACAGAUCGCUCUGUGAAGAGCUCAACUCCUGCCAGUUGGAUGCUACUUGUAUUGCCCGCUGUUUCGUCAACAACACGACUGGCUUCUCCGUCUACACCUCUUACUGCACGGGCUACCCUUGCACAAUGAAGCGGCUGGCAGCCCUAGCUUCACAGCCUGAUAGUGCGCGGGAGUUUAGGGAGAAACAACUGGCGUUGUGUCAUCCACUACCACUGGCGUCGUAUCUGCUGAAGCCGGUCCAGAGGAUAUUGAAGUACCAUUUAUUGCUGCAGAACGUUGUGAAGCAAUGCGCGUCCCGGGAGACCGAAUAUGCUCUGCUGAAGAUGACAGGCAUCGCUCAGCACAUCGACGACAUGAAGAGGAGGCAUGAACACGCCGUCAGGGUACAGGAGAUCCAGUCCCUUUUGUAUGGCUGGAAUGGGCCUGACUUGACCACGUACGGAGAGUUGUGUGCCGAAGGGACAUUCAGAGUGUUCGGCGCAAAGGCGAUGCGUCACGCCUUUCUCUUCGACAAGAUGCUGCUGGUCACCAAGAACAGAGAGGACGGGAUACUGGCAUACAAGACACACAUCAUGUGCAACAAUAUGAUGCUGGUGGAGUCGAUAGCGGGCGCGCCGCUGUCGUUCCACGUGAUCCCGUGGGACGCGCCGCGCGCGCAGCUCACGCUGCAGGCGCGCUCGGCGCGCCACAAGAGAGAGUGGACCUUGUUGAUCAAGCGGGUAAUACUGGAAAAUUACCAAGCUGUGAUACCGUCACACGCCAGACAGUUGGUGAUGGAGCUUGGACAGAACAAAACUGAUGAUGACAUGCUGGCGGAGAAGUCACACAACCUCAUAACUCAAGCAUCAAUGAGAAAGCAGCUAUCAGCUCCAGAAUAUCUAGAAAAGCGAAAACUGGACAGAGAAAGGAGAAAAAGUUUCGAAAACGGCACCAGAGGGAGACUGAAGAAAGGCAACAGGAAAUAUACUGUGCCUAUUUCUAGAACUGAAGCCGGUCAAGAUUGUGAUUGUGUACAAUUCUCAGCCGAAAAAGGUAUAGAUUAUACUUGUGAUAACUGUUAUGUUGAUCUAUGUUCGGACUGUGAAACGGAAACUUCUAAAGACAAAAAUAAAAAAGCAUGCGGUUGUAGAGAGGACAAUGAAAUAAUCGGUGAAAAAUGUCCAGAGUGUGAUAGAUUACUACAUUAUAUUGAUUCAGGAAGCGCUGAACAUCUUGAAAGGAAACCCUCGAGUUGUAAAUGUUCAGACUUCAAAUCUUCUCAGGAAAGUUUCGGCAAAGAAUUCACAAAUUCUCUUACAAAAACUCGUGGGUAUCAUUCUUCUGAUAACAUCGUUGGUUACACAGAAGGAACAAAGAGUAAUGAUAUUACUGAUAAUAAUUCUUUAACAAAUAUAAGAAAUAUUCCUAAAACAUGUCUGAAGUGCGCUAAAAUAAAAGAAAAUAUCGUUGUCACUGAUUCGACAAGCACGAUACAUUCUAGAAAGUCUAGAUGUAAUGACGGUGAGAAACAUAAAGAGGUGAUACGAUCGAAAUCGAAAGAUGAUCCUCAACGGUCAAAGUUAUCUAAAAUAGGUACAUGGAGAAGGAAAUCUGAACCUGGACUUCCACAAAAUAAUACAGGCGUUGCAUCAAAAAGAUCUCUAGAUAGUGAUAGUGACAAAAAUGACGGUCGUGGUUUUGAAAAAAUUGAAUUUGAAUGUAGGAAUUGUGGAUCGAAUAGAAUUAGUAAAAAAACUAGGAGUAGCGACGGAGUACUAAUCUCUGACCCAGAAUUAGACAAUACUAAAAGGAACGGAAAGCCUGGUUUAGAGAUUAGAAUGUACAAUACGAAAAAUAUACCAAAGAAGAUAUCUAAGUUAAAGAAAAAUAGGGCCAAAGGCCUACGUCUUGGCGCUGACACGACUGCCAAGUUUUAUGCUGACUUUUCGACAGACGUGUCUACUGAAAACAUAUUACACAUAUCAGAAUCAAACGAUAGCCUUAACAUUGAUAAGCCUAAAGACGUGCCGAAGAGAUUAGAAGUCCCUGAAACCAUUAGUAAAGAUGAAGAUAUAGAUGAGGAAACUUAUAAAAAGUUGAUAGAGAAGACAGAUUCAUUUAAGAAAAAUGAAUUAGAAAAAGUAAAGUACUUAAAUAAACAGAAAGUUAUUAAUGAAGGUUCAGAAACAGAGGAUAAAAUGAAUGAAGAAGAGCAAGAACCUGCUGAAGAAACUCAAGAAAAUGACGCUGAGAAGCCACUUGAACAAAUUAUUUCACAGUUAUUGAUGCAAAACAGAGAAUUUCAAAGAUUAUUGAAAAAGCAACAACUUAGAAACAGCGCCCAAAGAAGACAUCAGAGGCUAUUAAAAUCACAUUCUAAUCCAGAGCAGGUGAUUUUACAGAAAAACUGUGAAUCUGCAAAAUUGAACACAAAAUACGGGCGACAGAUAUCAGAAAACAUAGAUUUCAGUCAAAGUUUUGAAGAAGGUAAUAAAAAUAAAUGUAUAGAAAUAGAACCCAUUGAACCACCUGAUGACGAUCAUAUUUACGAGACAUUAAGAUGCGAGAGUAAAGAAACAGAAAAUCUGCACUCUCUAAAUAACAAGAGUAAAUUAAUUCAACAUCAUACGCAUAUUGCGAGACCUAGAAGAUUGCCUUCACCGCCUAACAAAGACCAAAUCCCUUUCGAAAAUAAAGUCUUAGCACCAGAAUCCGACUAUGUGUACUUAUCAUUUGAUCAAAUCAGUAGAAAUGAACCUGAGACUAUAUACGAUGUUCCAAUAUCUCCUGAAAAGCCUGCUGCGCAAAGUAAAGAUUAUUACGAACACAUGGAGACAAAAGGACCACCUAAAACUGAUAAAGAAAAUGUAUACGACACGCUUUUAGAAUUUAGAAGAAAAAGAGAGGAAGCUCCUGAUUCUCUACCUGCUAGUGAUUAUUUACCCAUGAAUGCCAGUCAACAGAGUCCGAAUACUCCAGAAAUCUGGUUAAGUCGGCAAAAAGAACACUUCAAUGUAUCGCGUGACAGAAAGUCUGGUUCACUACCACGUAGUUUUCAAGUACUAACAAGUAAUCCAGAAGAAAACAAUAUAUGCUCGUUUAAAUGCAAACCAAACAGCAAUAGUAAAACAUAUCUAAAUAGAGAUGGCAAGGUAAUGAGUACUGACAGACCAUACACCAUAGCAUCAGACAAAAGUGAAAUUAGCUAUGACGAUGUUGAAAAUUACAUGAGUGAAGGAGAUAUUCUCAAAUUUAAAAGAAAUUCAAAAACAAGUGAUAUAGAAUAUACUCAAAAUAUUAGUCAGUCUACUUUGGAAUUGGAAGAGGAAAUUGAUAGAUGUUAUAAAAAUAAUUUUGAGGACAUGAAACUCGAUAAAAACAAAAAUGAAAAUUUACUUACAGCAUCACAGCCAAACUUAAAUAUUUCCACUACAUCGUCUUGUGAAAUUUUACCUUCUGAGCAAAAUGAAGACAAUCCUUCUGAUAUCGAAAUAUUUCACCCAGAACACAAAAUAUAUAAGCCUACUGGGAAUAUGUUAUCAUUAAAAAAUGUUUUGAGUAGAUUCAAAAGUCGUAAGAGCAAUGAUGAUACUGAAAACGCUAAUGAUCAAAGCAGUCCCGACAGCGGAAAAUCGGAUGUGAAAAGUCCAUCCAAUGAAAAGAAAUCUGCUUUAAAUCCAAGAAAUUAUUCAAAAAAUUUACUACAACGAUUCAAAAGUAUUAUUGGAGAUGAACACUCUGAUGACAACAAAAAUGAAAUAAAACCUCACGUUACAGAAGAUGUGCAAAAUAAUUCUUUGAAAAAUGAAAUUAAAGUUGUUAUUACAUCUACAGGUGUGAAUCCAUCUACGUCAUCAUUUGUAAAUGUAAUGAACACUGAAGCAUUGAGUAAAAGUACAUACGAACAUACGACAUUAACUGAUAGUCAACUUGAAAAAAAUAACUUAGAUGCUUUAUCUCAUAGUUGUGAUAAUAUAAAUCAAAAGCACGAUAUAGCAUGUCCAACAUACGAAAAGGGUGUAAGUUUAAUGACUAAUGUAUCAAGUACCUCAUCACCCUCUAAAUCUAACAAUAGUUCCUACCAAAGUUUAAAUAAAUUACCUAUUUACAUGCAGGGAAGUAAACAAUUAGGAGCUAGAAUAGCACAAUCAGACUAUAUUGAUCCUACUACUUUAAUGAAAGAAAAAUCAAUGUCGCAGAAUGUCAACAUACUAAUUAAUAGAAGUUCUGUUAGACCAGACAGUUUAUUUUCUAAUUCUUCAUUCGUGACAUCAUCAAGCGAAGGUACAUAUUUAGAGAGUCAUGGCAAAACCAAUCAAAAUGCCUUUGAAGAUUCUACAACUAUACAAACUAACUCUGAUAAUAGUUUUUAUGAAAAGUCAUUUGAGAAAAUUGAACAAGUGACUGACGAAAAUGUUUUUAGAGAUUCAGCUGUUUAUUCUGAUCAAGAAGAGUCUGAAGAUACAAAAACAGAGUCGAGUGGUGAAAAAACUACAAACAAAACAAUUUCACGAGUCGAAAGUAUCAAACGAACGGCGUCAUUCAAAACUCAAAAUGUAAUAUCUACAACAAAUAUUAGUCACAGUUCCAGUUUACAUGCCCGCGUUUUAGUCAAAACAACAAAAGCACACUUUACUCAUACUUCUAAUUCAGCUGCAGAGUAUAACGCUGAAAAGAUAAAAUCCAAAGCGGCUCCACCUGUUCCUAUCAAACCUAAGAUAACUAGCAUUCCAUCAUCAGCGAGUUUCCACGCCAAAACUUAUGUCUUAAAUAAAAAUAACGUAAGUAAAACUGAAGAAAAAUCCGAAUCAAUCACAAAAUCUAGUAGAAGAAAUAUAACAUGUAAGCAACCAUUGAGCAAGGCGGAAUCGACAAAAGACAAACAUUUAAAUAAUAUUAUAGGUAUAAAAAACGAAACAAUUGAAGAUGUGAAGGAAAUAGACAAGCUAACUCCUGGCAGUAUACAUCUAAAAAGGAUGGGUUUUGAAAGAGCAAGUCUCGAUUCUGCAACACGAAAAGUUAAAUCUAUGAACGAAGAAAAGCGAUCAUCGAUAGAACCACCGAAAGUCAUGGCCAAGUCUGUUUUAGAAAGGCGAAUGGAGAUUGAACAAAUGUCUAAGAGCCAAAUAGUAAAACCAACUCCGAGUAUUAAGAAGCCUACGCCUUUAGCUAGACCGAAAUCUAUUACAACGAAAAUGGCUACGUAUGAAAGAAGCGUCAGCGAGAGUGCUAUGAAAGAGACCAAGGAUACAUCGAAUAGUACAGUAGAAAGAGAUAACAUUCCUUCUAAAAAUUCUGUCAAUGAAGAUGUAGAAAACGAUAAAGAUCCAAAGGGUAGUUGGGUGAAACAAGUGGUCCACAAAUUCCAAUGAGCUUAUGUGAUUUUUAUCACUGGCAAUUUAUAUUCCGUCUCAUUUUGUACUCAACUUUUAUAAUCCCUUAGAAUUAAAUAACUAUACUUAAAUGUAUUUUGUUAAUGUAAAUAACCUAUCAAACUCUUUGAGCUUGAUAUCUUGUGCCAUAUUAUGUACAAGAUAAAUUUGUAUUCGCACAAAUGUUCUAAUAUGUCCGCCCAUACGAAGCCAAUGAAGGACUUUCGGCUAUACUUGUCCCUUUCUGUAGUAGGAAUUUGUAGUUUGCUAAAAAGAGAUAGAAAGCGUCCGUUAGCCUUCGUUAGCCCGGGGUGGACAUACAUACACUGUGUAUAAUAAUUUUAUCAGUCAUUAUUGCUUUGUAUUUAUUCAUGAGAAGUGCCAUUGAGAAAAUAAUUAUUUAGAUUAGAAUAAAACUGUUUAUUUUUUCUUUCUCUUGCUUUCUGUAUUUUGGAUUCUUACUCAUUUAAAUAUUUUCAGUUUCUGUGCAAUCAAUUUUUAACAUUUCGAAGUAUUUAUUUGUAAUAUUUUUAAGAUUACUUUAAUUACUAACACCAAAAAUAGAAUGUUAAUAAUUUUGUAACUAAUAUUUUUGAUUAUGUUGCUGUUUAAUGUUUUUUUUCGUUAAUGAAAUAAUUUAAAUUUAUUAAACUUGAUACAGCAGAUUUUAACCUAAGUUUCUAAGUAGGUAUUUUAAAUUCAAGAAUAAAGCAUUAAGUAUAGAACCUUACGAUAAUACCAACGUUGUAGGAUUAUGAAUACUGUAUUUUAAAGAAAACAAAUUAAUCUACUAGUAUUUUUCUGUACUUAUUUCCGAGACUGUUUAGUAUAAGUUCUAAACAUUGGAUGUUUGUUGAGCAAUGUCAUAAUGUGCUACGACUCUAGUGAAAUGUACUAACAAUAGGUUAUAACAGUUAUUUUGUAUGGAUUUCUGGUAUAUUUUGUUAGAUAUUUAUUAUUAAUUCCGUAACGAUAUUUAGUGAUGUGAGUGUGGCAAUAAAAUUUUAUUUUUAGUAUCCAAUUUCGUAGUUACAGUCGCUCCCAUCUUCAGUCUGUCCACAAAUAAAAAAAACGAUAAAAAACGAUAUUUUCGUCAUUGCAACACCAAAUGGAAUGGUCAAGAUUGGUAGAUAAUCACCAGUCCAGUGUUGCCAACCAAGAGGACUCAGCGCCUCAUUUAUUUUGUGCUCUUUAUAGACAUAUUGUAAUUUUAAAAUUGUUGUUUUUUUUAUAAAAUCUAACGGGAAGUGUUCAUGCUGUUGUGAAUGUAAGAUAGUUGUAGUAACAUUAUUGUAAGUAUUACUAACAUCUACCCCAGUAAGGUAGUGUUCCGUAAUAAUAAACGAUUUUUUAAAA